UGCUGAUUUGCUUCGUCUCAUAUAUUCCACUUUCCUGCAACAUUUGAGAUGAACGAAAAGCUUUUAACCCAAAAAAAAAAAAAAAGAAGCAUGAGAUUGUUUUAUUUAUAUUCUUUCAGUGCUGUCAUGUUACUGAAAGCAUAUGGUUUUACCGGAGAAACUGAUAGGAUGGCAUUGCUAGACCUCAAAUCUCAAGUUUCUGAAGACAAACAAAAUGUCUUGUCCUCGUGGAAUAACUCAUUCCCUCUCUGUAACUGGAAAGGGGUUACAUGCGGUCUCAAACACAAGAGAGUUACCCGUUUGGACCUUGGAGGAUGGCAGUUAGGGGGAGUGAUAUCACCAUCUAUUGGUAAUCUUUCCUUUCUCAUAUCACUUGAUCUCUCUGAUAACUCGAUUGGUGGAACCAUCCCUCACCAGAUGGGAAACUUGUUUAGACUUGAGUACUUAGAUAUGAGUCAUAAUUUUCUUGGAGGAGAUAUUCCAGUCGAUCUAUGUAACUGCUCGAGAUUGUUGAGUCUUAGAUUAACUUCAAAUAGUCUUGGAGAAGGUGUUCCUUCAGAACUGGGAUCAUUGGCGAGGCUUGAAAUUUUAAAUCUUGGUCGAAACAACCUUACAGGAAAGCUCCCCCAAUCUCUAGGAAACUUGACAUCACUCACGCGAGUUAUCUUUUCAUCGAACAAAAUAGGAGGAGGAGUUCCUGAUGCUCUAGCUAGAUUAACUCAGUUAGUGUCUCUUAGACUAGGAAUGAACAAAUUCUCGGGCGUUUUUCCUCCCUCCAUCUACAAUUUGUCCUCACUUGAGAUCUUGAGCAUUUUUCAUAGUGGUUUCUCCGGUAGCCUAAAGCCUGAUUUUGGUAAUCUACUACCAAAUCUUCGACGUAUGCAUAUGGGACGUAAUCAUUUUACAGGACCAAUCCCCACAACACUUUCCAAUAUCUCAAAUCUUGAGAAUUUUGGAAUCGUGUUUAACAAAAUGAUGGGAAGUGUUCCUUCAAGUUUUGGAAAACUACAGAACUUGCAAUACCUAGCACUUGCCAGUAAUUCUUUGGGUAGUUACUCCUCCGGAGAUCUUGAGUUUCUCAAGGCUUUGGCUAAUUGUACCCAACUUCAUACAUUACUUGUUAAUGGAAAUAGGCUUGGAGGUGACUUCCCUACCUCUAUUACGAACCUGUCCACCAACCUCUGGAAAUUAGACCUUGGAAUGAAUUUAAUCUCUGGAACCAUUCCUUAUGACAUUGGGAAUCUCAUCAGCCUACAAAAACUUAUGUUAGACGAUAACUUGUUGACCGGACCACUGCCAAGUUCCAUUGGAAAGCUUUCUAGAUUGGUGGUAUUAAACCUCACGUCAAAUAGAUUGUCCGGAGAGAUACCUUCUUCAAUAGGUAACAUCACUCGGUUAGGAAAACUCUAUUUUUCCAACAAUAGUUUUGAAGGAACCAUUCCUCCCAGUCUUGGUCAGUGCAGAUUCAUGUUGUAUUUGCGGAUUGGGUCUAAUAAGUUGAAUGGGACUAUACCUCAGGAGAUUAUGCAAAUUCAGUCCCUUGUUCACCUCGACUUGUCAGAUAAUUCCUUGACAGGCUCUCUGCCAAAGUAUAUUAAACCACUAGAGGGUCUUUGCAUACUGUCUGUUGCGCAUAAUAAAUUAUCCGGGCAACUCCCUCAAGUCUUGGGCAAUUUUCUCUCAUUGGAGAAUCUUUAUCUACAAGGAAAUUUUUUUGAUGGUGAUAUUCCAAAUAUAAAAGGGUUGAUGGGUGCUAAAAGACUUGAUUUCUCAAACAAUAAUCUCUCUGGAAGUAUACCAGGAUAUUUUGCAAACUUUUCUUCAUUGGAGUAUCUCAAUCUAUCCAUUAACAAUUUCCAGGGAAUGGUGCCAACAGAAGGAAACCUUAAGAAUGCUACUGUACUUUUAGUAUUUGGAAACAAAGAUCUAUGUGGAGGCAUCAAGGAACUGAAACUAAAGCCAUGUAUUAUGCAAGUACAGGCAAUGGAUACAGGCCAUUCCUCUCUUGUGAAGAAAUUUUCCGUUGGCGUUAGCAUUGGCAUAGUUUUCCUCUUGAUAGCUUAUAUUUCUCUAUGUUGCUUAAGAAAAAGAAAGAGGAACCAGCAGCAGACUAAUCAUCCAACUUCUUCUUCUGCACUAGAGGUUUGUCAUGAACAGAUAAGUUACGCAUAUCUACAAAAGGCGACAGAUGGCUUCUCUUCCAGCAAUAUGAUUGGAUCAGGCAGUUUUGGCACUGUGUUUAAGGCAUUGCUCCCAACGGAGAACAAGGUUGUUGCAGUGAAAGUUCUAAACCUACAGAGACGUGGAGCUAUGAAGAGCUUUGUUACAGAAUGCGAAUCUCUCAAGGACAUAAGGCAUCGUAAUCUUGUGAAACUAUUGACGGCUUGUUCGAGUACUGAUUUUCAAGGAAAUGAUUUCAGAGCUCUUGUCUAUGAGUUAAUGCCAAAUGGAAGCCUGGAUAUGUGGCUGCACCCAGAGGAAGUGGAAGAGAUCCGUCGACCCUCAAGAGCCUUGACCCUAUUUGAAAGGCUCAACAUUGCUGUUGAUGUAAUUUCCGUUUUGGAAUAUCUUCAUGUUUAUUGCCAUGAACCUAUAGCUCAUUGCGAUCUCAAGCCGAGCAACGUCCUCCUAGACAAAGAUCUGACUGGUCAUGUUAGCGACUUUGGCAUUGCUCGAAUGCUCAUGAAACUUGAUCAAGGGUCUUUAUUCAACCAACAAAGCUCGGUCGGCGUCAGAGGAACCAUCGGCUAUGCCGCACCAGAAUAUGGAAUGGGAGGACAACCAUCAAUAUAUGGUGAUAUGUAUAGCUUUGGUGUUCUUCUUUUGGAAAUGUUCACUGGAAAAAGACCAACAGAUGAGUUAUUUGGGGGAAACGUUACCCUAAACAGCUACAUCAAGUUGGCGUUUCCAGAGAGGGUGUUGGACAUUGCAGACAAUUUGAUUCUUAAUAGCAGUCUCAGAGUUGGUUUCCCUCUUGGUGAGUGCUUGACACUGGUGUUGGAGGUGGGACUUAAGUGUUGUGAAGAAACACCGAAGAACCGUUUAGCAACGAGUGAAGCCAGAAAGGAUUUAAUCCUAAUCAGAGAGAGAUUCUUUAAACAUUGAUGUGUUUAUUGUUUCCUCUGCAGACUUUGCAACCCACUUAAAAGAAGGAAUCUGAGACCUAUAUAAUAUUGCCUUUCAUAAUUUGUGGUUUUUUACUCAGUUAAACAUGAUUAUGCUUGCAGGAUGCUAUGUUAUAUGCAGACAAUAGAAUAAAUGUUGUGUUACCAGCUUUAUAAUUGCCAUUUCUUAAA